AUGGCUGCCGUUGGAGACUCCAAGGGGGUCAUCGGCAAGACUGACUCUGAGGAUCAAGGUCGUUUUGACAGUGGUGAUGAGACUGCCAAUUCGUCAAUCGAGCACCCCUUCUCGGAUCCAGAGAUCGCGGAUCGUUGGAGAAAAGUGUAUGAGAAUGCGCAAUAUGAGAAUCGACAUCGGUUUGAUCCAAGUUUUACUUGGACUGCUCAGGAAGAGAAGAAGCUUGUUAGAAAGAUUGACUUCCGCAUCUGUCUCUGGGCAUGGGUCAUGUUCCUCUCUCUAGACUUCCACCGACGAAACAUCAACCGUGCUAUUUCCGAUAACAUGUUGCCUGAAGUAGGCAUGAACACUAACGAUUUCAACUACGGCCAAACUAUCUUCCUUGUGUCCUUCCUCUCAGCUGAGCUGCCAAGUGGCUUAAUUAGCAAGAAACUUGGUGCUGAUAGAUGGAUCCCGUUUCUCAUCUGCAGUUGGUCACUUGUUGCGGGUUCACAAGCUGCGCUGCAGAGUAGGGGUGCUUAUUUUGCUAUCAAGGCUCUUCUGGGUCUUUUGAUGGGUGGAUUCAUUCCAGAUAGUGAUAUUGUUCUUUGGCUCACUUACUUCUACAAGUCCAAUGAGCUACCCAUCAGACUGGCUUUCUUCUGGACUGCCCUGAGCACUAGCAACAUUCUAGGCUCUCUUCUCGCAGCUGGUAUCCUUCAGAUGCGAGGCGUCCUCGGUUGGGGCGGUUGGCGAUGGCUAUUCCUCCUUGAAGCUAUUGGCACUUUCAUCAUCGGUCUCUUCUCUUGGGUUCUCAUGCCUCCCGGUCCCUGCCAGACCAAGAGUUGGUUCCGUGGUAAGAAUGGUUGGUUCAAUGAACGUGAAGAGUACAUCAUGGUGAACCGACUCCUUCGUGAUGAUCCUAGCAAGGGUGAUAUGAACAACAGAGAAGCUGUCAAUCUCUCCAAGCUCUGGAAAGCCGUCAAGGACUGGGAGCAGUGGCCGCUCUACAUCAUCGGCCUCAUGGUGUACAUCCCUCCCGCUCCCUUCAACACCUAUCUCUCCUUUAUCCUGCGUCAAAUCGGCUUUUCCGUCUUCGAAGCCAAUCUUCUGGCUAUUCCAUCUCAAUUCCUCUACGCUGUCAACUUACUCAUCAUCACCUGGCUUUCCGAGCGGGUCAAAGAACGAGGCAUGCUAUCAUCCCUCUCCAACAUCUGGAUCUUCCCAUGGGUUCUCGCCCUCGUCGUCCUUCCUGGUGAUAUAUCCCCUUGGGUUCGAUACGCUCUCAUCACAGGUCUUCUGAGUUACCCGUACUGCCAUGCUAUUCUCGUCGGUUGGAACGCCAAGAACAGUAAUAGUGUGCGCACGAGGGCUAUCAGCGCUGCCCUGUACAACAUGUUCGUCCAGACUGGUAACAUUGCUGCAUCUAACAUCUUCCGCGAAGACGAUCAGCCCCUGUACAGACGAGGUAACAGGGUCAUUCUUGGCAUCACAUCUGCAAAUAUCGUCUUAUUCUAUAUCGUCAAGGCGUUCUAUGUCUGGAGGAACAAGGUCCGCGAUGCGAGAUGGAAUGCUUUGACAAAGGAGCAACAGCAGGAUUAUAUCCUCAACACUACGGAUGAGGGUCAGCAGCGUUUGGACUUCAGAUUUGCUCACUAG